AUGGCUCCCAUGACUAGAUCAUCCCGGACUUUACGGUCGCAGGUUCCACCUUCGCCUAAGGCACCGGAAAUCAUCAGCAUCGAAGACGAUGACGAGCAAAUGGAUGAGGACGAGGACGAGGUCUACGAGAAUGGAGAAGGGCUAGAAGAUGAGACUGAAGAAGAAAUGGAGGGCGAAGAGAUGGACGAGGAGAUGGAUGAUGUCAAUGGCGAUUUUUCGCAGACUGGAGCUAGCUUCCCGGUAUUGGAGCCCAGCUUCAAGUCGGCGAUGGGCUUUAACAACAAAACUCCACAUUCCCCUCAACUCUUCACUGCUGCAGGAGCACAGGAAGCUCUUCAUCCCCUCCGCCGCACGGCCGACCGUGUCACUCGCCAGAUUGAGGCUUUCGCCGACAAGUUGGAUCAAUUCAAGCGAAAGAACACCACCGACGAAUUCCAGAGUAUUCAAGCAGCCUACAAAUUGGUCGAGAGCUACCGCGACCUAGCCCAGAAUGCCAUCCAUGACCUAGACAAGCAAAACACCCUCAAACGCGCAAAAUCGGGAUUCCGGUCUAGCGGUGGAAAUGAGCCCAAAAUCGACGAGGAUGUGUUACGGUUGCAGCUGGAGGCUGAUACUUGGCGCUUGCUGCUCAAUCUCAUCAGUAUCGAUGAUCCCGCCAGUCGCGCCAGCUUCAAAGAAGGACAACGAACUGCAUUUCAAAACUUACACCGGUAUUCUUCGGAUCGCGAAGUUUGGGAGCAAUUUCUUGCCGCAGAUCAAUAUGCUCUUGAGUGUGUUCUUGCGAUGAGAUGGCUAGAGGAGACUGCGAAGACGGGCAACCAGGACCUUGACUUUUUGAUCACGGACAUGGAAGCACAAGCGGAAAGAGGCCAGGGCUUAUGGGCUCAUGGGUGGCUUUUCACCAAGGAAGCAAUCAAGGGACACAAGCGUCUGCGCGCUUGGCCCCAGCCAUUAGAGCCAAAUGACCCGGGUAUCUCACGCUCUCUGCUCAGUAACGACGACCAGAAGCCGCUAGUGACACAGCUCGAUCCGGAUGCUCUUACUCGACAAAAGCACGGUCUUCAACCACAGGACGAAUUCUACGAGCGCGCGACAUGGAUGGCAUGCUGGAAAAUGCUUAGACAAGGCGAGAACUGGACUACGAUUCGAGAAUGGGCUCAGAGCCGCCUUGAGAGUUGGAGAGCUGUCAGUUUAUGCGGUUCUAGCGUCGACUCACGCACAUCAAAUACUCGAACACCCGUUGACGAUGGCAUGACUCGCUUGAUGAAUAGCCGUUCUCAAGAUUCGUGGCGUGCCGCAUGUGCCGCUCUGGCGCGCAACCCCAAUACUGAUGACUUCCAGCGAGCCGUCUAUGCCUUAUUGUCUGGAGAAACAGAGGCUGCUACCAAGGUCUGUCGCAGCUGGGAUGACUUCCUAUAUGUGCACUUCAACCGUGUUGUGCUCUCACGUUACCAGGGAUUCUGCAAGCAGUUCCAGCGCAAGCUUACCCACUCCCCGACCACACCCGUUUCAUUCACACCCCAGCCAGCAGGUCAUGGAGAGCUUCAAAAGUACUUCGAAUAUUUGCGUGGCAAUGAGCGAGUUGGUGGAGAGGCACGCAACCCAUUCCGCAAUCUCCAAGCUGCGAUUCUCAGCAAAGGCUACGACUCUUAUUUUACAGUACUUGCACAGGCUGUCUCUCAGUCCAGCUUCAACAACUUUGGCGCAGAAUCCAUCGUUCCACAGUUGGCUACUGCGCCAGUAGAGGAUACUUUCAUUAUUGCUGCAGAGGACGACGAGGCUUUGAAGAUUGCGACGCACAUUUAUCUCAUUGUCCAAUCUCUCGGUUACGCUCCUUCCGAUACCAAAUUCUUUGAGACUGCCUCCGUGAUUGUGGCUGGAUACAUCUCCAGCCUUGAAGAGAGAGGAUUAUUCGAUCUCAUUCCUCUUUAUGCCUCGCUUCUCCCAACAGAGAUGUGUCACAGCGUCUUUUCAAGGAUUCUGAUCGAAAUUACCGAGCCUCAUGAGAGAAAACAGCAAAUUCGACACAUGCAGAAACAUAACAUUGACGUCUCGGCUGUUCUCGAUGCUCAGUGGUCAUGGCUCAGCGCUGGCGUCCCUUCAAUUGAACAUUCUAGUGGUGUUGGUGGAUACUCUCGCGUGGUGCACCGACCAGAUGGCACCCGUGUACUUGUGCCACCAAAAAAGGAUCUGAUCGGGACAUCUAUCGCAGCUGAGGAUGAAAAGAUGAUUCGUAGUUUAGAGUGGCUCCGCUGCGCUGGUGGUCAGUGGUCCAAGAUUUGCAAUCUUGGAGCUUGGCUUUACCGCAAAUUCUUUGUCGCUGGUAAACUUGCCGCAGCUCGCGAGUUGAGCCACCGGAUGCGUCUAUCUGGUGUUUCUCAAGAAACCUUUGGUCUGGACAUCUUUGAAUUCCCCGGGUUUGAAAACCUGCUGCAAGAGGAUUCUGCGCCAACGAGCCCAUCUAAAUCCAAGAGGAAUAGUCUUCAUCGACGAAGCCUCUCGGGUGGUAUUUCGACCACCGGUCAAAAUGGCGCUUACCAAAAGGCUACUCGCAUGUUCAACCUUGAGACCCUCGCUCUUGGUUUCGAUGCUUUAGAGCAGUUUGCUCUGGUCUACGAUCAAAUUUCCAAGACCAAGCGUCGCCGUGACUCAGGCACCGUCAAGGAUUCUCUGCAAGACCUUGCCGUGCUGUUAGAGGAAGUGGAAACACACGUAGGCAUGGUCGUGGACGAAUGGCUUGUCCCCGUCGAAGAUGUGGAAGAAGAAAAGGAUUACGAAUACAUCCGUCGGACUUAUCUCCCCGAUCUCAUUCUGGACUACCACAACGUCCUCUACUACGCCAGCCACUCUCUUGAUAGGCCUAAUCUUCUCACUCAGUGCAUGACGGUGUCGAUCUGGGUGGCCAACACCCCACAUCUGACCCGCAGCUUUACAGAGGCGAAGCGCAUGGCUGAGCUCAUGGACGCGUUGGCACUAUCAAGCAAGGCUAUUGUCCUCACCGACCCGAAGGAGGACCGUGUCUACGACAACGGACAAACACUAGGCAUCUGGCGUGUCCAUGUGCCCGAGAAUGAAGAGGCUGGUUUUGAGCCCCGCAAGUAA